GACUGUCACGCGGGUGCACGUGUCACGCUCUGUACUCAGGAUGUACACAGGAGGAGGAGGAGGAGGGGAGGAUGGACUUUGUGUCGGUCCGAGGGAGGAUGCUGCCGAGGAGAAAGUCGGUCGCUCAUUCUUCUCAUUCUGGAACAUCGCACUUAAUAAUCGGAUCAGCAGCUACUGAACCUUUUUUUUUUUUUUCGAUCGGGUACUAUUUUGGUGGGUGGCUGUGUGCUGCGGUCGAUGGCGACGACGCUGAUGCCACUUUCUGCGACAGUUUGGUCGUGCACCUCGCUAGGUCACACUGAAGUGGGGGAAGAUAGAGAGAAGAAGGGUUAAUGGAACUAGAGAUGUUAUUUAUUUAUUUUUUUUUUUUUGCGACAAGUGAUCUUUGCAGCUGGCGGCCCACGCACAGUUUCGACCUUUAGCUUUUCUCCACCUACCCCGCACUUAGUAAGUGUGAGCACAAACAAGUCUUAGUAAAGAAUCAGGAAUUUUUGGUAGAAGUGGGAGCCGGGCUGAUGGUGGUGAGAGAGAGUUUGAAGCAGUCAAUCAAUCACGAGGAUUCAUCUCGUCUAUCCGCUGCCAAGAAUAGUCGCUUGCCGCCGACUCCGAGUGCCACAUGCUACACGGCCGGGGCUCCCUCUCGCGCUCUCUCUCCCUCGCUAAUCGCCGUGGUCGUCGCGAGUGUGCGUGCGUGAGGCCCCUAUAGGGAAGCGACGAGCCUGGUGGCGGUGGUGGUGGAGGUGGGAGGCGGAAAAGGGGGUGUGGGGGGUGUUCGACGGCAGGGCACUGCGAACCAGGGGAGGGGUUAUUUUCAACCCGCCGCCUUUCUUUCUCUCUUGCUACUGGCGGCCCAGACGGACGUAAUGGCUUUGUGAGCGUGCCUGGUGUUGAUUGUACACAUGGCGAAGGUGGUACCAAGUGGCCUGCUUCCUGGGCUUGCCCUCCGCUGUCAUUGACGCGUUGUUUUCCCACCGCGCUCCCUCCCAACCUUACCAUCCACUCACUUGCCUCACCAACUCGUCCUUUCGUCGACGUCUGCGCCACCGCCAUCAUCUACGAGAUCGCUUCUUGUGCUCGCUCGCCAGCAGGGGUUUGUGAUUAACCCACAAAAGGACAACGGCUUGACUAUAGGGCGGCUAGCGAGGAGGAGGGGGAGAGAAAUCAGGCCAAGACUCAACCGACAGACGGCGUCGUCGCCCCACCUCACCUCGGACGCCAUUUCGGAUUGAGGAGAGAGAAAAGACGAGAACGGGAGGCGACAAGGGUUUUGCUGGUUUCCGCCAUUCCGGUGGCUCGUCGUCGUUCGCAGUCGUCGGAAAUAGAUCAUCGUCGUCGUCGCCGCCAUCAUCGGUCAUGCCGAGAAGAAAAACAUCGAAGCGUGCGGCGAAAGCUCGACCGAAGAGUCUUUACAAAAGCGAUGUUCGACUUGAUGAAUACGACGAGAACGGAGAAUCUUUGGACCCUGCACUGGGGCCGCUGCCAGCAGGGUCGUCGUCGUCGCAGGAGGGGUCUGCAGCAGACGGCGAGCACAGUCGGGAGGGGCUGAGCGUGGACACGGGGGUGUCUGGCUCCAAGAUUUACCGAUGUGGCAGCGCCGUGCUGGAGUUGGCCACGGCCAACCCCGAGGACAUCACCUACAGCGUCAAGCCCAACGACAUCGCCCUGGAGGUGGAGUGCGGCGAGAACAAAGCCACCAUGUACCUGUCCAAGCUGUACCAGGGCAGCAAGGGGCGCUGCAUCGAGUUCCAGGGCGCGUGGAUCACUCCCAACGAGUUCCAGGCCGUCAGCGGGCGUGAGAGUGCCAAGGACUGGAAGAGGUCCAUCAGACAUCGCGGUCGUAGCCUGAAACUUCUGUUCGGAAAGGGCGUGAUCGAUGUUCACCCGCCGGCGUGUCGGUGCCACAGCUGCCUCUACCUCCAGCAGUCGGAUGGCAAGCCUUCCGUAGACGGCAACUCGGGAGAAGAAGGGAAGAAGUCACCCGGCAGUCCCAAGAGCAGCUCGCCCAAGAAGAAGAAGUUCGUCAAGAAGGCCGACGACAAAGACAUCAGCAGCCGGCGCGACGACAAAGACUCGCAGUCGAAGGGCGAGGACAGGCUGCGCUCGCACAGGAGUGAAGCCAACGGCGAGGGAGCGGGUACGAAGACCGGGUCAUCAUCAGCUGAGUCUUCCUUGUCGUCAGAAGAGGAGGAUUCCUCUGGCGAAGAAACGGAGGACGAUGAUAAGGUUGCGGCGAAGAGAGCCCGGACGGACGAACUGUCGGACUCGAAGACCGGCGAGCUGAAGCGGGUGGAGGCCAUCAAGGUGAAGAUCCCGCGGAACAUCACCAAGGAGGAGACGCCGUCAUCUUCCUCAUCGUCGUCGAGUUCCUCGGACUCUUCUUCUGACGGAGACUCGGACGACGACUCAGACGGCAAAGACGAUAGCGAUGAUGAUGACGACGAGGAUGACAACAGUGAGAAGGGGCACGUGCCUAUAGACCCAGCGCAGCUGAACGAACCCUUGUUCCCGGACGUCAAGCCCUCGGUGUACAAAGUUGCGCCGCCCAAGAAGAAGAUCGAGAAAGAGAAGAGUUCAUCCUCGGAGGACGAUGAGCCUCUCGCCAGUUUUCACAGGAAGACGCACCAGAAAUCAGACGAGAAGCUUGAGUCGGUAGAGACUCGCAAAGGCCUGCUGGAAUCGUCGGCAGAGGAACUGACUCUACACCCCGAUCCAGGAACUCGUUCAGAACUGUUCGCUCGUCAAGAACCGACGGCUCAUCAAGAACCGGUUAUUCACACAGACCCGCAGUACCGCCAAGAACCAGUCCAGGACAAGACUGCUUACCAAGAACUGAUUACCGAUCCAGCGUGUGUGUCCGACCCUGAGCUCACCGACGAGCUGUCACCAGCGGUUACAGGCGAAGAGGUGAAAGCCACCCCGGAGCACACCAUGCCAGAGGGCAGCGAUGCCGGGCAAGGCUUCAAGGAAGAGACUGAAGAAGGUGGCAGCGAGGACGGUGAGAUGAAAGACGGGAUGGGCUGCGUCCAGUUCGCGAAAGACGAAGACAUGAUGGACGCAAGUCUCCAGGAAAAAGAGAGAACAGAGUCGGGUGCGCAUCCUCCGGCACCACAGACUGAUUUGACCUCUCCUCGAACUGCGAACACCCCUGAAGAAUUUCAGGAGGAGACAGAGGAGGAAGAGGACGUGAAGCAAGUAGAAGAGGUUCUGCCUCGUCAGCUAGUGUCGGAGUCGGAGGAACUGGUGAAGCCCACUUCCGAGGAACUCCAGACCCUGGAGGGCGAAGGAACUGAACCUUCUGCCUCGGCUGCCAUGACAGUUGCCUCCAAGAGUCCAGCAGAAGCAUCUGAUCCGGGUGUUCCAGCACCUCCACCACUCACGCCUGCGACGAAGGUGGAGAAGAAAAGUAACAAGUUGUCUCGCCUGAGCAACAUCAUCGACAACCUGCGGACCAGCAAGGAGAAGCAGGUUCUGACGGGUGGCGAAGGGGAGCGAGCUGACACCCCCGAGCGCAAGCAGUCGCCCCUCCCGCUGCCAGCCUCCAAGGCUUCCGUCCCGAGGCCACCUUCUGUCGCCGGGGAGGACAGGAGGGGCUCGGGGUCGGAAGCCACGCCUCCUCCGGCUCACAAACACCGAUCAUCGCCUCUGUUUCCUGGACCCCCGGUGCCGUCCACUGCCCACCACCACUCGCCAUCGCCCAGCCAGCACAAGAAAUCAUCAUCGUCGACGACGACAUCGUCGUCAUCAUCAGCGGCUGUUACAUCAGCCCCGACGUCAGUCUCGGCGGCUAUGUCGCUGGGACUCGGAGCCUUACCAGCCAGUUCUAUUUUUGGAAUGCCAGCCGGGUACACACCUGGGGUGUUCGGUAGCUCUGGAAGUGUCGGGAGCAAGUACAGUAGCAGCAACACUGCGACAACCAGCUCAAGCAGCAGCAGCAAGCAUCAGGCAGCUGCCUCACACUCAUCCUCCACUCGCCUGUCGUCUUCCACCUCAUCAUCGUCGUCGUCAGCCAUCCCCUCCGUCUUGUCGUCCUCUGCGCCCUCCCUCGUCUCUGUCUCCCCUCUCCUGUCCGCCAGCUCCAUGCUGAGUCGCCAACAGGAGUUUGCGCUGUCCCUGCAGCGGGCCAUGGUGCACGGCCUGCCCCCUGGGGAUUUGAACCAGGCGCAGCUGGCGCAGCUGGCAGCUUUCCAGAUGGCGCAGGCAGAGGCAGCCUUGCAGCAGGCGAACCUGAUGGCCAAGGCCCACGCCUCGGCGCUGUCGGCUCGGUCAAAAACGGAACACGACCUCUUGGCAAUGUCCAUGCUGCCUUGGGCCACCCGCCCGGAACUUCUGAUGCCAUACCACAUAACGCAGCAGCACCUGCUUGCACAGCAGCAGCAACAACUGCAGCAACAGCAGCGAGAGAGGGAGCGCGAGAGGGAGCGAGAGCAGCAGAAGCAACAGCAGCAACAACGCGAGCGAGAGCAACAGAAACGAGAACGUGAGCAACAGAAGCAACAGCAACAGCAGUUCAAGCAGGAUCAACUGGAGGUGCGCAAACAACAACAGAAGCUGCUCGAGCAACAGCAACAGUUGCAGCAGAAACAGCUGUUCAUGAUACAGCAGCAGCACCAACAGAAAGAUCAGCAGCGGAAGCUGGACCCCGGGCACGGUCAGUACCCACGGGAGGGGAUGAAGCGGCCCUACAGCGCCAUCGCCGGGUCAGCGGAGCAGCAGCCCCGCAAGGCACACACUGGCAACAGCGAGGUCAAGGCCUCGCGAUCUGGCCUCCCAGGCAACCUGCCAUCAGCCCCGUCUUUGAAACCACGCCCCAGCCACACGAAGGAGAAUGGCAAAGAAGGUCGACCCUCGUCAUCUUCCAAACACAGCGCCCUGAACCUCCCGAACCCCCUGCCCGUCUCCCCAGUCGCCCCACCCCGGAUGUGGGUGUCCUGUUUCCCGUUUGCCCAGCCCCCGCCCACCAUGGACCUGUCGCGUCUGUCCCGCUUCCAGACCGGCAGUGAGGACAGCAGCAAGCAUAGCACCAGCAGUGCUGCCGGACCCAGCAGCAGCAGCACAAUGGCCAGUACCAGUGGCAGCAGAGCAAGUGCAGCCACCACCAGCAGCACCAGCAGCACCAGCGGCACCAGCAGCAGCAGCAGCAGCGUCAGUGCUGGCCCCGUGGGCGAAGUUCUUGACCUCAGUGUCAAGAAACGGAAGCUGGAUAGCAGGUAGUGAGUGGUGCUUCUGCCCUCGGCCUGGACACCUUCCCGCCUCGAGCUCUUUUCUCGACAUGCCGGGAGGAGACGGUGAAGCUCCUGUUGGAACAAAAACACAGUUUUGGUCUAAGAAGGGCGUGUGAGUUCAGAACUUCGCUUUCUGUGGAUGCACCCAUUCCAGACCGCACUUUGGGAGGGUGGCAUUCCACCCGUUCACCCUUGAUGUCUGAUCGGAAGAAAAGGAAAGCAAGCAGCGCGUUUGCGAUGUCGCUUUCUAGUCAUUCCUCACCUUAUAUUUUUUUCAUUCAGUCUGAUGGCAGCUGCUUGGAGAACGAGGAGUAUUGUUGAUUUGAAGCUCCGGCAGUGUAGAGAGGAGCAGUUUGUUGCAGAAUGUGUACCAGUGUAAACAUUUCCUGCGAAUUCCAUUCUCUUCUGACAGUGGAGUGUUUAACGAGGUGGAUAAGUCCUCUACCACCGUUGUGUACAUGAUGCAUCUUCCGACACUUGGCAUACAGCCAGGAUUAUUAUUGUUUGCAUUUACAACAGUGCCAGUAACAGCACAAACACUUGUGACAUUGGAGUGUUGGAUACCGGUGCUGUGUGGCCUUGUGAUUGGGCCACACCCUCUGGUGAACACAGGUUACCUGCAGAGUUGAUUACUGUAUUAGUGACAUGCCACCAUCACAUGUCACAUGGUGUACAACAGUCUGUACCUGGCAUCUACACUGUACAGUAGCACCUGUACACUGGUCCACCAGGUUAGUCACAGCGGAUACAAGGAGUGACUUGACUGUCUCUUGGAGCUGGACAUGGCUUUAAAAGUGAAUCCAGCCUUGAACGGAAAAAGUGGAUUCCAUGGUUAGAUUAUUUUUGUCGACUAGGUGCUAGUUAGAAAUGAUGAAACGAAUCAAAACCCCAAAGAUUACCGAGAUGUGUAACACGUGUUUUGAGCUUUCUCUUUUUGCCUUUUUCUUCUUCCCUUUCAUGUUUGUUCAUCAGCUUUUAGUCCAGUGAAGGGACAGAUGUGAACUAGAUGUUAGAUUAAGCCAGGAUGUGGCUGCCAGUGUUUGUGUGGCUAAUCCAGGUGGAGAUACUCUGGACAUCAGUGUCUGGCUGUUUGCUCGGUCCAUCCACACCAUUCUGCACUAGAGAAUAAACUGUUUUUGCACAUGGAUGUUUGAGCAGAACUUAUCGUAUUCCACAGUAUUACCAAAUGUUUUUAACAAACUGGCCGCAUCUUCUUCAUUUUUCAUUUUGAUUCAUUUAAGAAUAUUUUUAUUUUAAGCAAAAAAUUGGGAGUGUUCCUCGGAGGAAAAGUGAGCAUUUCACUGCAUCUGAAGCUGCUGUUCUCCAAGGUGUGGUGCAUGUCCACUGUGAGGAUCUUUGAUACCAGGGUUGUGUGAAGGCGAAAUGUAUGUGACAUACAGAGGCUCAGAUGUAGAGACUGUGGUAGUGGCUUGCACCUCUAACAAAAUGUCAUGCACAGGACCAGGAUAAACACAGCCUUCUCUUCCAUUGUGACCAAAAGGUUAAAUCACUGCUGUAGAAUCAUGGUUUUACCAAAAAGUGCGAGUGAUGAGUCUGAUGUGUAAAGAGUCAUUAGCUUAUGAUUAUCUGUUCACAUGGUUUCUUCACUGAAGGUUAGCACCUGUGUAGUAGAACUGAUUUACAGAAGACACACCCAGAGAAAAUGUUUAGUCUGUGUUGCAUUUCUGUUUAAGAAUCUGUCUUUUCAGCUAGUCUUACUAAAUUGUUUCUAACAUUAAUUACAAGCCUCAUUCCACUGCACUGUGUGUAGAAAUAAUGUAUUGUCGGGCUUAGACACGUGAUUGACAAAAUACAUUCAUGCCAUUGUAUCUGAUGAUUAGUACGAGGAAUCUUUAGUGAUUAAAAGACAUUUACUAUGGGAAAACAUUAGUUUUUAAGCAUCUCAACCUUAUCCUUCAUUGUUACAGUUGGUUUCAGAAAAUCAGUUUCCAUAAAGGCAACAGCCGUGAUUGGUAUGGAAACCGAGGAAACCAUGUAGCUACAAUUAAGCUCGUUUAAUCCUCCAGACAAGUCACUUAAAGUAUUUAGCUGUUGCUAAUGAAGGGUUAAUGACACGAUUUGUUUGUUCUACGAGAAGUUAGUUUAUUAAAUGUGGCUAAUGUGUAGAAUAUAUCAAACUGUCUUUGUAACUGAGACGAGACCAAACACUGUAGAGAAUAAGAUUGAAAGUUUGUGCUGAAGAGAAAGGGGGUAUGGAGACGGGUGAGCCCCAAGCCCUGAUUUACUUGAAUUGAGAAACCUUGACUGAGGGUGAAACCAUCAGUUGGCAUUCCCCGCAGGUCGUGUUCAGGCCGAGAAGGAAGUGGGGCGAGAGUGGAGGGGAAGACAGAAGUGUUCCGCAGUAGUCUGUUGGAGCUGUGUGAUAAAGAGCCUGGCCAUGCUCCCCUCGGGUGAGAGACGAUGCGCGCGACAGGAAGGAGAGGAAGACUGCCAGCUUGCAGCAGGCGAUGAAAAGCGUUCCUGCUCCAUCUGCUGUUGGGCUUCGGCAAUAAAGACAUCACAGGAGGAGCAAUCUGGGCCAGACGCUGGCGUCACGCGCCAAAGGUCAGAGAGGAAUGUAGGACUGGGGGAGAUGGAGGGAGGGGGAGGUCCUGGGACAAGGUUCUCGCGAGAAUGUCAGUGGAUACAAAUAUUGACGACUAUCAUCAAUAGCUGUGUUUCCACCCUGAAUGAGAGAUUAAAUUAGUAAAAGUAACUAUUGAGUUUAACCGUUUAUCCAGCAUUUCCUACUGUAGAACCACAGCUGUAAUGAAAUGAACGAGGGCGGUGGAUGCACGAGGAUUGUACAGUUAGUAAUUGAAAUUUAAUGAAAUGAAUAAUGAUUGGUGAUGUAUUUGUCACACACAUAGAUGUGUACUGCGAUAUCAUCUCUUGAUUGCUUGUAGUAGUCCAUAAAGUUUUGAAAAGAUGGGAGGGGUUAGUGGGGUCAGCACUCGACUACAGACCUAGUUAGCUCCUACACAACAUUUAUUGACAAACAUUGGAGUGUUUAUUACUUACUACCUUACAUCUAGUGCUUUGUCAGGCUUCUCUUAGCUUGCGGUGCCAUCUGGUGGCUGCACACUUUGGUGAUUGUGCCCCGGGCCUGGCCGUUACUCCAGCACUUCCACAUGCCCUGGCCCAGACAGUCAACCUCUGCCCUCUACGGUUGCUAGGCGAUGGAACUGUCUGUCUGAUUGUCUCUCUCUUGUCAAGAUUGAAAUGUCGGCCUUUGCUUUAAAACACUCUAACCCUAACAAACACCUUUAUCUCAAUGUUUGUCAACAACAGUUGACUGAGUUGUACAAACAUUGUACAGAAGCAUUUCCCGGAGUGACGGGACCUGCUGGUAGACGGUUAGAAGUUGUUGUCGCUGUUGGUGUACUCGCUCCGACAAUGUGAACUACACACCUCAUUAGCCACCCUGCACGUGCAGCACACCCUCCCGGACAUUCACUUGAUACCGGUUCUGUGAAGUACUUCACUGUCAUUUGUAACUGCAAUAAAUUUGAGUCACAACA